GCGUUGCCGAGUAACGGCGGCGCUCGGCACCAUGGCCUCCCCCGCCGCGGAGGAGGCCGCGGCUGGCACGGGAGGUUCGGACCCAAAAGGGUCGGGAGGUGGUGAAGAGAGGCUCGGCUGCGCGGCGGGAAGGAAGAAGCAGCCUCCCCUCGCCGCCCAAUCCGCCUUUAGCUUCAUCCCGACCAGGCGGGAAGGGCCUCCGGAGCUCAGCUAUUUUAACCGCAAGGCCAAGACAGGAGAUGUUUCCACUUACGAUGCCAUUUUUAAAAGACAAGAGGGUUAUAACGAAUAUCUUCACCGAAGUGACAGACAACAUGCAAAGAGUCGUGGUCUUAACAUUAUUGAGGAGGAAAUGGCAAGACCUGUCGCUGUUUUGUCAUCUUCAGAGCAUGGGAAACGCAUAAAUAAGCCCUUAGAGCAGUCAGUCAAAACUCAUGCAAGGAUUAAUUACGUGAAGGCAGAUUUCUACAGGAGAAAUGGCAUCAUCUGCUUAACAGAAAGACCUUGUCCAAGCCUGGAUCCAUGCUAAAUCUCUCGUAUCUGUCAUUGCCAGCAACAUUUAUGUGGGGAAAAAACCACCUCCUGUCAAAAAGCAAUAUGGUGCUUUUGCCUUUUCCUCUACAUUUUAGUUAAUGAGAAUGAUUCAGAUUAAAAAUAGGAUGAAAUAGCAGCUGUACUUUUCCUCAUACUAAUUCAAAUGCAUGUCUUCUUCAUACAGUCUCAUAAAAAUCUCAUGAAGAACAGCCAUCAGCAAGAGCUGAACAUUUUGGGCAGCAACACUGGAAGCGAGACCUGUUGGGUCAACAGCUGUCUCUCUGCAGUUUUAGGCAGUGCUGCUACAUAAUUAUACACAGACUUAACAGUUAAUCAAGAUUGGUCCUCAAGGAAUCAGUCAUCACUGACUUAGUCCUUACAGUGUUGUUACAGAAUUGCCAGGUGCCAUUUUAUCUGCAUAACAGCGGAAUUGUGGAUUCAGCUCAGAUUUUUCACAAUGGAUGGGCUUACCUAUAAAUAGACAAAUAAAGAAAUUAUUUGGCUUCCAGAAGUGCUUAGCAGUUUCAGCAGACUUCAAGUGGAAGAUGAAGUAAGGAGAACUUCUGAGUAUUUAGCAUUUAAAUAGACAAAAUCUGAGUUUAGCUGAUUUCAGACAUCCAUUUUGCUGACUUUCACUAUACAAAUGGUGUCUGAGGGAUUUGAUCUCUUCAAAGGUAUCACAAGAAAAAUCAUCUCUGGCUCUGUAUCCAAUGCUGGAAAAAAGAAAUAACCACCACCAAACAGUAAUACUAGCAGAGCAAGCACUAAAAAGUUUGGUAGAAAGAAUGGAACAAACAUAAGGAUUUGAGCAGUAGUCGUUUAAAUGUCUAACCUUAGAGUAAAUGUCUAACCCUGCUUAAACGUUUAGUGCCGUGUAUUCUCACUGAAUCCAGCACUCAUGUUUUAAGGUAAUUUCAGGAGAAGGAAUAUCUCCUACAGGGUAUGCAUCAGUUUGGUUCUCAAGAGCCAUUGAUCCUGCUGUUGUUUAAAGCUGAGGCAGUAUUGUUCAAAAAGGAACAACAGCCAGGCUGAUCAUACCAGAAAAAGGACUGGAGUCCGCAGCUUUAACUGACACUGGAGUUCUGUCAGGUAGUUACACAGAGGAAACCUGUAUCAUUUGUGAACACAGUGAAUCUCUUAGUGAAAAAUAAUAAAACCGAAGAGCUGCUUAAUCUGGGGCCUGGAUAAGCAGUAAAUUAGGCAAUCAAUAGCACUUGUUUGGCAUGAUGUGAGGAGAGCACGCAGAGCACCAUUCCGAGAGGUAUUUGUUACUCUCAUUAUGCAUGACCACCAAGUUCCUCUAUAUUCAAUGAAUCAGGGACAAGAGAGCAGUAACUGCUACAUUCCUUUUCAACAAUAAAUACUUCGUUAAACAAAUCCAGUAGCAUUAAAUGAAUCACAGUAAGAACAAAGUGAGAAGGAAAUGUUUUCUAACAAUACCAGAAUGCUUUCUCAAAAAUCAGUCUCAGAUGUAUAUCAGUGAAGAAUGAGAUGGAAUACGGCGAUAUUCUAGGCAGGUUAUUUUUAGCUUGGGACAGUCAGUACAAAUUACUUGUUUUAAUUAGUCUUACUAUAUUUACAAACCAUCUGUGUUUGAGAAACUGCUGGAAAUCAAAUUUGUUUGAGAACACCGCCACCGUCUGGCCUGUGUGAGAAAUAAGCAUCACCGGCUCAUUACCACUGUGGAGAGUCAUAAUUCAUCAAAACACCAGUAUGAGUUUUCCUAUCUCAUUUCUUUGCUUGUCUUUCAUUUCAUUCUCAGCCAUCCUCACUUUUGAAGGAUUUUCAAAAGUUGUUCCACCUACUACUUGUUUCUCAUUCAGCUGAGUUGUUGACUUCUCCCUUCAGUUCUGUGUCAAAAGCAUACCAUGAUGAUUUCUUCUGUAUUAGGGAAGACUUCUUUAUAAAUGCCUGCAAAGACAUUUCAGUCCUUCAAUUUCUGUUUCACUAGGAUGACAACUGCUAGGUUAUCGAUGUGCUGUAAGCUUCCCCUUACACUGUUGGAAAGUAUCUCAUUACCUCUUUGUGCUGCCUCACCUGUUAGUGCUGACAUACUAUUGUGAGUAAGGGGUUUAUACAUGCAACAAAUUAACAUGAAUGUACUGCACAGCAUGACACAAUGUAAAUCAUAUUUUGGAUCUAGACUUUGCAUCGAAAAAUCUCCAGGAAUUGUUGGGACACCCACAACUCACAAAACAGUAGCCUUAAAU